GUUUGCUGUCUGCAUAAAUUGCUGGGGGAAGCUCGGAGGCGUCUUUAGGGGAUCUCCACGCUGUUUGGGUUAUUGCCAGUUGCAAGGACUUUAGGAUACUCCAGGCCACAACAUGGCAGCAGUAUCUAUUGAUGCCCAGCAGAGUGUGGUUUCCAGGGUUGCCAACCUUCCCCUGGUGAGUUCCACCUAUGAUAUGAUCUCUUCUGCUUAUGUCGGCACAAAAGAAAACCAUCCCUACCUGAAAUCUGUAUGCGAGAUAGCAGAAAAAGGAAUGAAGACCAUUACUGCAGUGGCCAUAACCAAUGCUCUGCCUAUCAUCCAAAAGCUGGAGCCACAGAUUGCUGUUGCCAACAACUAUGCUUGUAUAGGACUUGACAAAGUUGAAGAGAGGUUGCCAAUACUCUAUGAACCAACGGAUAAGGUAGUUGCUAAUGCAAUGGAUGCAGUUGCUGGUGCAAGAGAUGCUGUGACAACCACAGUGACUGGUGCCAAGUAUACUGUUGCACAUACCAUCAGCGGAGUGGUCAACAAGACGAAAGGAGCUAUGCAGGACAGUGUAGAUAUGACCAAGUCAGUUGCAAUUGGCAGCAUCAACACUGUUCUAGGAAGCCGGGUGGUGUCUUUUGUGACCAGUGGGGUGGAUACUGCACUUACUAGAUCAGAAACUCUUGUAGAUCAGUACCUCCCACUUACAGAAGAAGAACUAGAGAAAGAGGCUACAAAAAUGGAAGGAUUUGAAGUUGAAGCUCAGAAGCCAAGUUACUAUGUUAGACUAGGAUCUCUGUCUUCAAAGGUCCAAUCACGUGCCUACCAGCAGGCCUUAAGCAAGGUUAGAAAUGCUAAGGUCAGAAGCCAAGAAACAAUUUCUCAACUCAGUUCCACUGUUAACCUGAUUGAAUAUGCCAGAAAGAAUAUGCAUAGUGCCAAUCAGAAACUACAGGAUGCGCAACAGAAGCUGUACAAUUCCUGGGUAGAGUGGAGGAAAAACAUAGGCCAAAAUGAAGAGGGUGACAUAAACACUGCAGAGUACAUUGAAUCGCACACACUAUCAAUUGCACGGAAUCUGACUCAGCAGCUUCAAACCACCUGCCUGACGCUGGUGUCAAGUAUACAGGGCUUGCCCCAGAACAUCCAAGACCAGGUGCAUCACAUUGGAGAAAUGGCAGCAGAGGUCUACAGAAGCUUCAGAUCAACUUCCUCUUUCCAAGAAGUGUCUGACAGUCUCAUCACCACCAGCAAAGGGCAGCUGAAAAAAAUGAAAGAAUCGUUGGAUGAUGUGAUGGAUUAUCUUGUUAACAACACGCCACUCAACUGGCUGGUAGGUCCCUUUUACCCACAAUUGGCUGGCUCUCAGAAUGCUGAGCACAAAGGUGAAGGGGAGCAAAAUACCAGCCAGGAUGACAAACAGCCUGGACACAAUGCAGAUUAAAUUGCAGCAUGGUAUAUGUAGGCUCUGACUAAUAAGGUGGUUUAGUUUUGUAGCUGCAAUGUAACUUGUCGGAAAUUUAUAUGGCCAGAACCUAUGUAUUCUUCCUUGUUUCCACUGGGUUCUUCUCUGACAAGGAAUUAUAUAUUUUUAAGAAAGGUGGUUCAUGUAGGUUUGAGUCAUGCUUUUAGUGCUUUGGCUGAAAGCUGUGAAAAAUGUAAAGUGCCUUGGGCCUUCUGAACCUCAGCAGAUUACAUUGGAAAAAAACCUUGUUUAGCUGUUUAGUGAAAAAGCUCCAUCCUAUCUGGGAUGUAGCUCUUUAAAAUAAUGUACUGCUAUACUGAUGUAUGAUUCAAAACAAAAAGAGAAAAAAGCCCACGAUAUAAAAUCUCAUUUUUGGCUGCAUAAUUAGACUUUGCACCUUGUUUUCAAAACUGCAUAUGUGCCAUUGCAAGUACAUUAUCCCUUAUAUGUGCCUUGCAUCAAAGUGUUCAAGUACCAAACAUGCCUUGAUGAAUGUUGCCACUCCUUUUGAAUGGGAAUUAGAACUAACAUCUGCCACAGUUACUCAUAUGCUGUGAUAGUUUACAUUGCUGCCUCCAAUUUUUAAGACUUUGUAUUACUCGAUAACUCUGUGUAAACUUCAUUUGAGUAUUGUUUACUAAACACAAGUUUCAUGCUGUUUGUACGUACAUGGGUGUUUAGCCUGUCUUUCUGUAGUGCCUUGCCUUGUAAUUUCAUAUGUAUGCUUUAGUAAUAAAUGCUUCAGCAGCCAAA